AUGGACAAACGACAACAACCCAGUUCGUUUCAACAGUUGGAGAAGCUAGGUGAAGGCACAUAUGCCACUGUAUUCAAAGGACGUAACCGCCAAACUGGCGAAAUGGUCGCGUUGAAGGAGAUACACCUUGAUUCAGAAGAGGGCACGCCAUCAACUGCGAUAAGAGAGAUCUCGCUCAUGAAGGAGCUAAAGCAUGAAAACAUCGUCUCCUUAUACGAUGUCAUCCACACAGAGAACAAACUCAUGCUCGUUUUUGAAUACAUGGAUAGAGAUUUGAAAAAGUAUAUGGACUUACGGGGCGACCGUGGGCAGCUAGAUUAUCCCACGAUCGUGUCCUUCAUGCAACAACUUCUGCGUGGUAUAGCAUUUUGCCACGACAACCGGGUUCUACAUCGCGAUCUGAAACCUCAGAACCUCCUCAUCAACAACAAAGGGCAGCUUAAACUCGCUGAUUUUGGUUUGGCGAGAGCGUUUGGCAUCCCGGUAAAUACUUUCUCGAACGAGGUUGUUACUCUUUGGUAUCGUGCACCGGAUGUUUUGCUUGGAAGUCGGACAUACAACACCAGCAUCGAUAUCUGGUCUGCUGGGUGUAUUAUGGCGGAAAUGUAUACUGGUCGCCCUCUUUUCCCCGGCACUACGAAUGAAGAUCAGCUCCAGAAGAUCUUCCGUCUAAUGGGCACGCCCUCUGAACGCUCGUGGCCUGGUAUCUCUCAGUUUCCAGAGUAUAAACCCAACUUCCAUGUCUAUGCCACUCAGGAUUUGCGAUUGAUCCUUCAGCAAAUCGAUCAACUCGGCCUGGAUCUUCUUAGCCGGAUGCUACAGCUCAGACCAGAGAUGCGAAUCAGUGCAACUGAGGCAUUACGACACCCAUGGUUUCACGAGUUGAAUCAGAUGCAGGCGCAGGAGGCCCACCACCAGGCUGCCAUUCAUCAGCAACAGCAGCAACAUUUGGCCGCAGGGUAUGGUGCCCCGGGACUCGUUUCGCAGGGUUACUAG